CGAGUAGCGGAGUAGAGACGUGUGGAAGCGGGCGACGACGGCCCGGUGGCGGUGGAGAUCGGUGCGCGCGCUCGUGACGGAGAACCUCGUGCGUGCCAGUCGCGUUGCCGAGCUUAGUCGAGUCGGAGUUCGGAGUAGUUGCGUGCGCCGCGGUCGGUCGUGUGCAACAGUUCGUCCCGUUCGCCGACGUUGGUAUUCGUCGCGCGAGAGCGAUAGAACCGUGUAGAAAAAGGAAGAAGCGAGAGAAGAGGACGCGGUGGACGAAAAGUCAAAUCGUGGAAAGGAUCGAACUCGGUAACACCGCGAGGGGACACCGAACAUCGCUGGUCGUCGGAGAAGCGCCGUUCUCCGUGGCGCCAUACGUACGACCUCUCUCGCCCUCUCCGUCGAGAGUUUACACGGCCAGAUCCCGUCUCGUCGUGUGCGCCGGUUUCUCCCACUGCCCCUCCUCUCUGGAGGGUCUUUCUCCCUCCCCCUCCCUCCCUCCCACCCCACCGGUGUUUGCGCGCUCGCUCUCUCGUGCUGUAUACUUUAAACCGCGAAAGUACCGCUUCUGCGAGUGUUGCCCGCGCUCUAUCCCGAUUCCCGCGGGGGCCAGCGAUUUCAAGAAUGUGACAGUGCGUGUCCUCACGAUCGGACAGUUGGACGGACGUGGUGCGUCGGGCGAGGAGUGGACAGCGACGGAGGAACGGCGGCGAUGGAUGUCGGGAGCCGUCGUCGCGGCGUCGUGUCACGGUGAAAGAGCACAGCAGCGCGUGGAAACGAAGAGAUAGAAGAAGAAGAAGAAGAAGAAGAAGAAGAAGAAGAAGAAGAAGGGAGAAGAAAGACGGACGAUGCGAGCGGAAAAUGUCACUCGGUGAUACGCGCGCACGGAUGACGGGGAGUGAUCGACGGAGCGACGGUCACGAGUCUGAGGUUGUUAGAGUGUCGCCGCGGCGGCGGUGGUGGUGGUGGCAGCGACGGUCGUCGUCGUCGUCAUCGUCGCUACGUAGUGCCGCCGACGCGGUGGUGGUGCCGGCAUUGGCGACGGCACGGGCGCCGGGUCGCCGGGAACGACGUUAUCGCGUUUCUCCGCAGCCGGGGGCAUCGUCGAAAUCGGACUCCUUCUGCCGCACGACGACAACGUCGUCGUCGUCGUCGCGCUGCUUAUUGUCGCUGCGUCAACAGCUGGCGAGAGUCGCGGCGGCCGCCUCCUGAAGAGGGAUUUUUUUUUCACGACGCGACGUCGCGCCGGGAUAUACACACCGCGCGGUACCGUCUCUCGUAAAGUGCAUACGUAUAUCGUACACCUACACACAAACACACGCGCGCACACGUAUACGUCCGCCCGUCGGUGUGCCGGGUCGCGAGGUUAAGGCACCGCGUCGCCCUCGAUACGCGACGGCCGAGGAAAGUAAAGGCCGGGUGUCGUGCGUGCGCCGACCGAUUCGUUUCGUGCUCACCCUCUCUCGUCCCCCCCCCCUCCACCCCUCUUCUCACCACAUCGCCUUUUCCCCCUCCCUUCCGCCUGGGUCUCUUCUUUCUCCUCUCUCUCUCUGCCGUGUAUGUGACGGAUAAGAAGCGUAUACGACCAUCUAUCAGUAGCAGCGCGCUCGUCCGUCGGUGGUAAGCUUCGCCGGUGACGGUGUUGUGUGCGUGCGUGCGUACACGCGUACGUGCGUGCCGCGUGGUGCGUCUUAUAACGUCGUCGGACGACGACGUCCACUGGUAUCCGCGAUGCCGACAGUGGCUCGCGCACACGGCCGUCGUGCAGAUUGCCCGCGAGGAUACCGCGAGAUGUCCGUCGACGAUCUGAGCGAGGACACGUGAGCCGAAAAGCGUCGAGAGAGAGAGAGAGAGAGACCCGUUUUGGAGUACGCGAGUUACGAGAGAAGAGGACGAGAGGUAAAUGAGAGUUCAAGGUCAGCCGGCAGUGCUGUUGGACCCGAACUCGUUUACACGGCCAAAAAAACUUAUCCGGAGGAGAAGGCGGACCGUUCCUCGCCGUCGCUCGUUGGAAGUCGGAAAUAUCACCGGCGGAGAAACGCACACGCCGCUACACUUGGUCGCCAGCCGGUCGGCGAGAGGACAGAAGAGAGAGAAAGAGAGAGAGAGAUAGAGAAGAAUCGGAGCUCCGCCCCCUCCCUCCGUUGUGGACUGUCACACUAUUUCGGGACCGUGAUCCAAAGUGCGCGCGGGCACAAAUAAGUAUACACGCGAGCGUCGCGACUGUGUUGUGUAUGUGUGUGUAUGUGAGAGAGCGAGGGCUCCAUCGUCUGUGAUUUUUCUUGUGCGCCGGAGAGGUGUUUUCCGUUGACAGUGCGUAUUUGAUGCUCGCUGAAGGGAAGAAAGGAGAAGAAGAAGCAGAAGAGAAGAAGAAGAAGAAGAGGAGGAAGGAGACCUCGCGGAGAAGGGUGCUCGAAGAGGAAGGUCGCGGCAGGCGCUUGCGACCGACCGCGUGCGCGCGCGUGAGGGUGUGUGUGAUCCAGUCCCCCCGGCCGUUGGGGUCUCCUAUUGUUUUCCUACGGCGGCUACGUUGAAAAGGACUGGCCACCAAAUGCGCGUACCGCAAAUCCUGUUUCAUGUUGAUGUUCUGGAGCAAACGGACGGUGCUCACUAGACGUCUGCUAAAGGCCAAGGUCCGUGGGGAGCAUGAAACCGAGUGUGAAGCUCAAGAGGAUUCAUCGUCACGUACGUUUCAUCGCACGAGCAGCAGCAACGCGAGCGGCGCCGCCGCCGGCUACGACAACACGGGCAGUAACAACAACAAAGCGACGACGACGGGCCGACAAGUGAGCAGGGUGACGGCGCGAGGACCAACGUUGUCGGGGAGCGGCGCGGGGGCAGGAGGAGGUGGAGCGGUGGUCUACGGGGGACGCAACACCGCGGCCAGCAGGCUGCAUCAGGGCUGUUGCGGCGGCGACACGAGUCAGGAUGACGAUGAGCAGCAGCAGCAGCAGCAACAGCAGCAGCAGCAGCAGCAGCAGCAGGAUCCCGGUCGGUUGCUGAGGUGCAAGGAACUCCUCAAGUCGCUCAAGGAGAAUCAACUGGAGAUGCUGCUGACCGCCGUCGAGAGUUACGGCGCCGACCUGAGCUCGUGCGUUCUCGUGCCGCGUCAGGUCGAGGACUAUUCGUACGAUCAGCAGCACGAGCAGCAGCAAUAUCACGGCAGCAGGCCGCAUCGUCAUCAUACCCGUUUUCAUCAGCGCCGUUAUCGUCAGUAUCGGCACCACCGCUCCAACAGACAUCAUCGCUCGUCCUCCGUCGAGGACGACCAGGAGAGCUGCUGCUCCGCGUCGGAAGAUUCCUCGUCCGCGUCGCCGAUGAGAUCGGCGAGAAACGGUAGCGGUGCCGUCGUGCCGAUGAGAGGAUCAGCGGUCGAGAGGAGCACCGGCGCGCCGUGCGACCCGCACCUGCUCUGUUGCCAGAUCUGGCGGUGGCCGGAUCUCGAGCACUCCUCGGAGCUCAAGAGACUACCUAUAUGUCAUUCCGCUAAAGAUCCCGUAUACAUAUGCUGCAACCCUUAUCACUGGAGCCGACUCUGCAGACCCGAGUCGCCACCACCCCCGUAUUGCCUUAUCGCCGAUAGACUGAGACCCGAAGAUUGUGCGCCCAGUGAAGGGGAUCAACGUCGGUGCAGAAACAGCACGCCCCUGCCACUUCCCGGCUCGCUUACCACCAACGGAGAAGGUGAGACAGGACAGAGGGAAUGGUGCACCCUGGCGUACUGGGAAUUGGGCGGCCGAGUUGGCCGUUUGUAUCCCGUGGAACCAUCGACGGUGAACGUCUUCGACUCUCUUCACGACGGCGACGGUCUCUGUUUAGCGACUCUGGUUGAAAAUCACAAUGCGCCGCCCGCGGUCCAGCGUACGCGCAGCAAAAUCGGCCUUGGGUUAACGCUCAGUCAGGAAGCGGACGGUGUAUGGGCGUAUAAUCGGUCGGAGAGCCCAAUCUUCGUGAAUUCGCCCACCCUGGACGAUCCGGAAUCGAGGACGUUGCUGGUUUACCGGGUGCCACCGGGUUUCUGUCUCAACAUCUUUGAUCGCGCCAAGAUCAUGCAGCUUCCAUACGGCGGUGGCGGCGGUCAGGCCGCUGGUUUUACCGCCUCCGGCCCCGUCGACAUUAACUCCGUCCGCAUCAGCUUCGCCAAAGGCUGGGGACCCAAGUAUUCGCGACAGGAAGUCACUUCCUGUCCGUGCUGGCUCGAGGUGCUCCUGGCGCCGUGUAGGUGAUCAUCCCCAAGGCUGGCCAGGCCGAAGAGGAUCGUCAAGUCCCGUUUUCAACUCACGCCUCUUGCUCCUCGUCGUCAUCGUCAUCGUCGUCGUCGUUGUUCUCGGGGAGGAUCGGUGAUAAUGAUGCGGCGACCGUAGCCUUUAGCUCCGUCCUAGCGAGAGCUGUGUUAAUAAUAAAUAAAAAGAACACGUGUGUGUGCGUCGGGGGCGAUCCCCAGCGGCGCGUGCCGGGGUCGUCCCAGCAACCCCAGCAGUCUUACCAAAGUACACGCCGUUAAAAUAAUACGUUUAGGAACAACGUCGCGUUCCACUUUCGUCAAUAGAAUGAGAGACGGAAACGAACGAGAUCGUUCGCGAGCGUGUUCAUCGAGCGCGUAUGAACGGAGAGAUUCACAUCGAGACUUACACGAAUGGGACUUAGGAUCAUUAUGAAGCAUGCGUUUGAUUCGUAGUUCUUCUUUUUUAAUUUUAUUCUCUGAUCGCUUAGACGUCGAUGCUAUUCUCGAGAUUUGUGUGAGAAUUUCCGACAGAGGGAAGCGCAGAGAGUCGGGCUUCCGGUAGGUCUAGUCACUUGCGUUUAUGGUCUACGCGCGCCAGCUCGCGAAUUCGCGCGCGUGGAUUUUGAAUUCAACAUGGCAGGGAAAAUUCUUAGUCUCGUAAAGAUGAAGCAUGAAGCAAAGAGUAACAUCGACGAAACAGAGAGGAUAAAUAGUACGUAGAUAGAGAGUAUCUAUUUCAUGAUCGCUCUUUGAAAAAUAUUUUUUGGAUAAUCACUUUUGUCAGUUGUUUAAAAAUAUUCAGAGAACAGCGAGAAUUUAUUGGCAUUUAAC